CCAGGGGGCCCGCGAUCUCUCCCCGCGCGCUUGCCGCCAGCCCUCCCGUGCGUCUCCGGUCUCAGGGUUCUCGCGCGCCCUACGCAGAUGUUUCCCGGGAAAGAGGAACCACUCGCUGAAAGUUGGUCCCCUCCGAAAAAGAUGUGGAAGACCAAAGAGGGAACAUGACUCGACCAGGGUCACAAGGUAGUGGUGCUCAUGGCCCAAGCACUUGCCACCAAAACAAUCGUAGGGAAAAAAACAAGGACACCCCUUUCAUCGAACAAAUGGAAAGAUGCCACGAAGGGCUGCUGAUUUGUGAGGAGUUUUGAAGAGGGGAGAAAUGAGGAGGCAGAGGCUGUAGGAGCCGUCUCUUGCACAAGCACACAGGCACACAUUCUCACACACACACAAAGACACACACACACACACCCAUGUUCUCCACCCCCCACCUCCAGCCUUGUGCUGUCCUAUACAGACGGGCUGCCCUGGGGCUCUGGCUGUAGCCCUCCUGUGGGGUGGCUUCAUGCCUCCUCUCCCUCCCAAAACCCAACUGCUGUCACUUCAUGCUCUGCCAAGGAGGAGGGAACUGCAGUGACAGCAGGAGUAACUGAGUGGGAGGCAGGGCAGAGCCGUGGGACACAGAGAGGUAUGGAGAUGGCGUGCAGGGGGACCUAGAGAGGGCUGAGGAGCAGGGUGACCUUGGGGAGAGUUGAGGAGAGGAGCAGAAACAGAUAGGAGUAGAAAGGGGGCAGCAGAUGGGGACUUGUGGGCUGCAGAGCCACUCGGCCAUGUUGGGAGCAAAGCCACACUGGCUACCAGGUCCCCCACACAGCCCCGGGCUGCCUUUGGCCCUGGUGCUUCUGGCCCUAGGGGCUGCAUGGGCUCAGGAGGGGUCAGAACCUGUCCUGCUGGAGGGUGAAUGCUUGGUGGUCUGUGAGCCUGGACGAGCUGCUGCAGGGGGGCCUGGGGGAGCAGCCCUGGGAGAGGCGCCCCCCGGACGAGUGGCAUUUGCUGCAGUGCGAAGCCAUCACCAUGAGCCAGCAGGGGAAACCGGCAACGGCACCAGUGGGGCCAUCUACUUCGACCAGGUCCUGGUGAACGAGGGCGGAGGCUUUGACCGGGCCUCGGGCUCCUUCGUGGCCCCUGUCCGGGGUGUCUACAGCUUCCGGUUCCAUGUGGUGAAGGUGUACAAUCGUCAAACUGUCCAGGUGAGCCUGAUGCUGAACACUUGGCCUGUCAUCUCAGCCUUUGCCAAUGACCCUGAUGUGACCCGGGAGGCAGCCACCAGCUCUGUGCUACUGCCCUUGGACCCGGGGGACCGAGUGUCCCUGCGCCUGCGUCGAGGGAAUCUGCUGGGUGGCUGGAAAUACUCAAGCUUCUCUGGCUUCCUCAUCUUCCCCCUCUGAGGGUCCAGGCCUUUCAAGGAUGGGAGCCCAACCUCUGACCAUUGCCUUCUGCCCUCUCCUGCUCCAGAAAAAGCAUCUCUGGGGCAAGAGAGAGGCUCCCUCUGGCUGCCUAUAUCCCACCUCCUUGCAUGGGACCCUGUGUCAAACACCCAAGGUUAAUAGUAGAAAAGAGUAGGUCUGUGGCAUCUCAGAAUCUGGCCCUUCCCACCCACUCCUAGUUGCCUUUCCAGCUGUCUGCUGCAUCUCUUCAUCCCUGCAGCCCCCGAUCAGGGCAACGUUUGGCAGGUAGGGAGGCCUGUACUAAUUUGCAAUCUCUGCUCCUCCUGUUUCCCAUUUUCCCCACCCUAGCUUCCUGCUCAGUGCCAUGUGGGGACAGGUGGCACAGGUGAGCCUGACAGGCCCCCACAGGGGCCCAGAUGGACUAGCCUUAGCAUACCCUGCAGGCUUCUUCCUGUGAGGAGUGCCAGCAUCACAGAUCUCCGGCUCUCCGCCAGCACUGUCAGAAACUGAACCAGCACCGUAUGGGCUAAGGCGGGAGGCUCAGCCACAAGCACAAGUGUAGGGAGGGCCACAAAGUAGCCUGAGUCUGAGGCUGGUGAGGCAAGAAGGGGAUGUGCCUAGCCUGAUCAUGGUAAACAUUCCACAUGUGUAGAGGGGUAGUUGGCAGGGAGGGAUCCUGGCUGUCCCUGUGUGACAUGUCCCAGAUGGACUCUGGCCCUUACCUCCCCAUCUGAAACUUGGGUGUGUGUGUUUGCUCUGGCUGAGGGCAGAGCUGAGAGUGGGUAUACAGAGCUGGAGGUGGGGGUAGAAGGUCACACAUAGACCAUGGAACACAUCAGUGACCACGCAUCCUCUUGCUUAGCCACUUCCUACAACUGCUCCACAUUGGAAGUCUGAACUUCAGUCACUCCACACUCUGCCACCUCCUUCCUCCCCAGCUCUCUCACCCAGUUACUUUCACUGUGCCUGUUCCAGCCUGUUUCCACCAUCUCUAUUCUUUCUCCUGAUCCAUGCUAUAUCUUCUCCUUCAUAAGUUUCCUGUUACCUGGGAUUUCAUGAUUCACCACUUCAACUGCUCUCCUGCUAGUAUCAUAAACUCUCUCUCUCUCAUCUUAUGCCACUGUCCCAUUGGCCCAGCAUGGAUGAAUGUAUCAAUAAAGUAAGUAGAGAAUGAUGGUCGAUGAGAUACUAUAGGAUCACUAAAGAAAGGAUACCUUUACAGUUUUGAUCAGGGGUUACAGGACGCAAGCAGAUAUGUUCUAGAGAAAAUAAAUAUGAAAGUGUAUAUUACAGUCAAAUUAAAAA